ACGGUUGACCGUCUUUACUCUUUACGACUUUACUCAUUUGUCAUUUUGUAAACCACGGUCCACAAAUGUUUAAUUUACAUUAUUUCAUAUUUGUACAUUUCUUAAGUAGGUACUGAAUAAAAUAAAUGCCAUAAUCUGCUAGCAAAAAGGUGUCCAACAAUGUUGACCUCAUUCACUUUAUGUUUCAAAUGAAUAUGAAUGAUGAAAUCAGAAAUUAUUUAUUUCAUGUUGAUAGUUUAAAUAGCAGCCACGAAUAUUAAACCUAUUAUCUAUAGCCGUGAUAGGAACAAACAAGAUAGUGUUUUGUGUUUACUUCUGUAGUUCUGUUUUCUAACGACUUUCUAACCAGCUAUGUAGUUCCAAUUCCAAAGUACCUAAUUGGGACGUAUUAUAUUAUUAUAAUGAUUACCUAGUGAACUAUAGUUGAAUUAUCUAUGAACAAUUAACUGAAACAAAGAUAAUAUAUCAUUAAUAGGUAUUCUUGUUAUUCAUAAUUCUUAUAAUCAGACUGAUUACUAUUUACUGCAUUACAGACUACAGAAUCUAAAUUCAUUAAUAUGGCUGGAAAAGGAAAAAUUGGAAUCAUUGGAAGUGGUCUAAUAGGUCAGAGUUGGGCUAUGUUAUUUGCAAGCGCUCGUUACAAUGUAAUAAUCUAUGACAUUAACUCAGAGUUAGUGAAUACUGCCUAUGAAAAAAUUAAAUCAGAAUUAAAAACAAUGGAAAAGAAUGGAAUUCUAAGAGGCAAUCUUACUGCUGAUCAACAAAUUGAACUUAUUAAAGGUGUAACUAAAUUGGAAGAAGUUGUAGAAGAUACAAUUCUUAUUCAAGAAUGUAUACCAGAAAUAUUAUCUUUAAAACAACAAUUGUAUGACCAAAUUGAUAAAAUUAUUGGUUCUCAAACUAUUAUUUCCAGUUCUACUUCUACAUUCUUGCCAUCGGUUCUUUCUGAAAAAAUGGAACAUCGCAAUCAAUUAAUUGUUUCACACCCAGUUAACCCACCAUAUUUUGUGCCAUUAGUAGAAAUUGUACCAUCUGAAUGGACAGAAGAGUGGGUAAUUAAGAAAACAAGGACAAUUAUGGAAGAUAUCAAACAAUCCCCUGUAACUCUUGCUAAAGAAGUACCAGGAUUUGCAUUGAACCGCAUUCAGUAUGCUAUAUUGAAUGAAUGUUGGCAUCUUGUAAAUGAUGGAGUACUUAACGUGAAAGAUGUUGAUACAGUUAUGUCGGAAGGUCUAGGUAUGCGUUAUGCAUUUCUUGGUCCAUUAGAAACUGCUCAUUUAAAUGCUGAAGGAUUUGUGAACUAUACAGAGCGUUAUUCAAACUCAAUGUAUGGUGUAUGUCAACAAUUCAAGCCAUCGCCCAAGUUUGAAGGACCAUUGGUAAAAGUGAUUGGAGAUCAAUUAAAUUCCAAUACUCCUUUGGAAGAUCUCCCAAAACGUAGAUUAUGGAGAGAUCAAUCUUUGAUAAAAUUAUCUCAACUUAAAAAAUAUAAUAAUUAUUAAAUGUAGAAUUUUAUUGGUUAGAUGGUUUAAUAAUAAUUUAAUAUGGUAUAUCACAAUCUACAGUAGCAUAAUAUUAUGUAGUUUAACCAAAAACCAUUAUCCAUUAAAAAUUAUAAACUUAAUAGAAAUAAAUAUUUUUAUAUUAUAUAAAUUAA